UAGGUACAGUAAGGCUAGGGAAGUGACUGUCCUCUCCCUACCCAAGGACUCAUCACCUAGCAAGACCUCUAUGACCUCAUGGUGCAGUAGGUCAGAGCUCAAGGCCUGGGGCCUCGUCUCCCUCGGUAGCUUGGGGUUCUUGCAGCAGCCAUUGUCCUGCCCAACCCCUCCCAUACCCCGCACCGCAUCAUGUUGGUUAGUACCCCCCACCUGCUGACACUAGAUGAAGCUGAUGCCACCUGGACCCUCAUCAAGGAUAAGGUCAUUGAGGAGCGCUUUGGGCCCGGUGUAGUGGCAGUACCUUUCCUGUCAGAUGCAGCCUGCUAUGACCUACUAGGAGUGCUAGUGAAACAGUCCCGCCCAGCCCAUAUCCGCCUGGCUUUGCCAGGUCGCCAGGGCCGGCGCGCAUUGCAACCAGUGGGGCCACUGCCAAGCCUCCUGGAGCAGGCAGGGUCCGAGGAUGCUUUUGCCCAUUGUACUCAAGAAUACUCACCAAAUGAUCGGGCAGAGAUAACCUAUGAAGAGAUGCGACUGUUGGAUGGACAGCCCUGCCGGAUCCGCUUACAUUUGGGUGGUCUGCGCAAGAAGGUGGCCUUCCUCCUGCUGCCACCAGGGCAGGUUAGCCUACAGCAGACUCUUCCUUGGCUCCGAAGCACCCACAGCAUCUAUGUCAUCUACCAGGUCUUCUCCUGCUCCUGGCUGCAGCUGGGGCUACUGCCCACAGCCCGUGAGCCCCAGCUGCUCCGGUUACAGAGGUCACUGCCUAUUGCCUUCUCCUGCCUCAAGUUUUCACUGCAGCCCAAGGGUGUGCUGGGACCACAGAAGCCCCUGACCAAGGACCCACUGCCCCAUGGGGCCAACUGGGUCAGACCCAACCUCGGCAUCAUGUCACCUCUGGCCCCCACAUUAACCCCUGCUAAUAUCCCCGAAGCUGCCACUGUGCCCCCACCUGUACCAGCCCCACCGACACCACCUCCCCAGGAAGGGCCAGAGGGCAGACCCACCAGAUUCUCCUACAAGGGCCGAAACCUCUUCCGGAGGGGACCACUGAUGCUGUCAGAAAACUGGCUCUUCAGCCCCCGCAGCCCCCCACCAGGAGGCCAGGGUGGGGGCCCCGGGGACCCCGACCGGCACUCCAUGUCCCUGCCCCUGCUGCAGGGUCUAUCCUCAGAGUUCGACAGCGACGACUGAGGCUGAGGCAAGAGAUGCAGGGGGCAAGGCCCCCAAGAUCUGGCAUAGGGAUACUGGUCCCCAAUAAACACCAGCUGCUGCUCCCCCAAA